CCACAGGUUUCGCAGACGGUGAUCUAUGGCAAUAUGAACAUGUAAACAGUGGAAAAGUAUUUUGGAAACGUGUCAGCCCUGAUACUGAAGAAAUUAUUCAAGCGUGCGGUGAUCAAUGGCUAAAUGAAGAAAAGAAAAAAAUGGCGGAUGAAGAAAAAAGCGUCAAAAAUACUCACCAAACAAAACUUGAACAAUUUUUUAAAUAAAUCAUCGUCAUCGUCGUCGAGGACAUAACUUUCUCUUAAAUCUUUUACUAGCUACACUUUUUAUACGAUGAUACAAAUAAAUAUUUAUGCCCGUAGUCGACUCUAAGGCAUGACGCAAAUCUUCAAAUUUUCUUGCAUUUUCAAUAUUUGUUCUCAAAAAUAAUGGCGUCGAACUACAACUUAUCAUUUGGGGCAUCAUAUACCCUUCGGUGGGUACAUCAACUAAAUCUGUUAUACAACGUUCAAUUUGCGACAUUAAUAACUUAUAUAACAUUUGAUCACGACCAAUAUGGUCCGGAAUUACACCUUCAUCAAUCAAAUCCUCAAUGAGUGUUUUCAAUUUCCAUCCGUCGUUGCAAUUGUCAAAUUGAUCAAAUACCCAAUCUUUUACGAUUCUCUCAAAAACUUCGGCCAUCCUUUCGCGAACGGUAUGAAACAUUGAACGUGAAACUCACCUCAAUUCCCCUUUAAUUCUUCCUCAACAAAUUCAUAGAUUUUUUCAUAAAACGAGUCCGCACCAUUUUCUGUAUAGUCCACAUAUAAUUUAUAUAACAUUAUCAUUUUUUCAGGUUUUAGAUAAUCCUUGUCUGACACGCUUUCCACUAAAUUAUUAAAUAGAUAGAAAACAGCCAAAUUGUCUACAAUAUCCGUCCCAUACCAAAACCCUUCGUCGUCCAUUAUUUCGGUACCUUUUUUUAACCAUAUCUCCUCACAUAAAAAUUCAUCUUUAUUUUUUUUAUGUAAUUGUUUUUGUAUAAUAUACAUCAUAACAUGAUGAAGCAAAUCCAACUGAAGCUCUUUAUCGUUUUCACCGCGCCAAGGUCGGGGUAAAUAAUCAUAGUCAUUCUCAAAAAUUAUCUUCUCGAUGCACCUAAAAUUUUCACACAUUGAUUAUGACGAUUGACGUGUACUAACUUCGUCUCCAGGACAAUAUUCUGUUUUAUCCUGAAAACAAAGUUAGCACAUGCAAUGGCCGGUUGGAUCUUAUGUGAUGACACGCUAUACAAAUAUAAUAAAACAGUGGGGCUAUUGGAAACCCCAUCGGGAAAAUUUAAAAUAUAUCUUCAUACUACACAUCGCAAUGAAACGAACAUACGCGAACAUUAUAUAUAUCUUCAAUGGCAUUUAAACUACUGGGGUUAUUGGCUCUACGCAUCAUCACAAUCAUUGUGAAACACGUAUGUGCGCUUUCAUAUAUGAAUUUUAUCACUACAUCGAAACUUUAAAACCGGCACGAUUUACAGAUGUAAAAUGGCAAAUUUAUAAACAUUUCGCAUCAAAAGGAUACCGAUUAAAUAAAUCAAUCUUUAAAAUAGCAAUUUGUAUACUUUGUCAACGUACAUAUCUUCAACCAUGACUAGACUACCAUAUUACAAGUUAUCUAUGCUGUUAACAGGUAUGUGGAAAUAUUUUCUCAUCAACGUUGUCGAUGAAUUCCUGUAUUCUAUAUAUGAGUAAAUCGUCAACUUGUUGAAAAUAUUAUUUCAUGAAUCUCUUACAACUUGAAAAGAAAUAAAAAAAUUCGCUUUUUAACAGUUCUGACAAAAGCAAAUUCAUUCAAUAAUUUGCUUUCACAGAACUGAGUAAAAGAGAAGGAAAAUAAUUUUUUCUAAAUGCCGUGCAAAAGGCUGAACUAUUUGUUUAUCAUUAGUCUGCCCUCUGCUCGGCCGUCUACAAAAAAUAAUAUCCAAAACAAGAGAAAGAAAAAGAAAAGAAGACUUUUAUAACAUUCAUCCAAAGUCUGCAAAUUUCAUGUUUUACACUAUGGGGUAUACAGAUCUUGGCUUAAUUUAUAAAAAAAUGUGUGUACGUAUUUGAAAUAUUUACAUCUUAAGGUGAGAAUCGAACUCACUUUAACUUAGGACUACUAGCCGCUUCUCCCUAACCGGCUAUCAGUUAAGUUUCUGAGAAUUGGCAUCCUAAUGCGUUACCAUUCCGCCACAAUAGAUGCUUGUACGGCAAACACGCACGCACAUAAUAUUAACUCUUUAUUUUGGUAUUUAUACACGUUUCACUUCUUGCACACGAUUAUUACGGUAUUCUUAUAUACACGCAUGCGUAUUUAUUUUAGAAAUGCUACCCGUCCUUAAUGUACCCAGUCUAUCAACGGAUGCCCCAGUCAUCGUGUGGUUAAACAGUCGUCUAGUAAAGAUCAUUCCCGUAUAUAUGAAUCAAAACAAGGAAGAAUAUUAUGAUUUCUGUGAUAUAUGUGGUGCUCAACCGCACGGAAUUGAAAAAUGCAAUGAUGCUACACAUCGUCGUGAAGAAAUAAAAAACUCUAAACUCUUUUCUGCUGAAGAAAAAAAUUGUCUCAGCUUGUAAUAUUUAAAUAAUACAUUUUUUUUUAAAACCAACUUCCGUCUAUUUAUCUAUAUAAACACUCGCACACACACACACACACAAUUCCUAAUUCGAAACAGCAAGGAAGACACACACACUAAUAUUAAAACUAUAAUUUUUUAAACCUACGUUUUUUAGUAGGAUUCUUUUUAACUUAAACAACAAUUACAACAAGGCUGAAUUUAAUUUAACUUGUUGUAAUCGUCGUUUUAGUACAAAAGGUUUGCACCCCUUAAAUUCUCCUUAUAACUAUGAGGAGAAUACCGUGGACAAAACGAACAGUCGAAGGUUCAGCAAUUCAACGCGGUGGAUUUUUUAAAAGUUUCUCAGAUGCAGUUUUGGGCGGGACUGGUGUCACUACGGUUAAAAAAAAAGAAAAAAAAACCCACCGAAACAAAAGGGAGGUUUGUUGAUCAAAAAGGCUGGUAAAAAAUGGAACAAGCAAUGGGGUGGUCGUGGAACAUUAUAUUACAUGAGACGAAUGGCAAAAAUGCAAAAAGGUGGUUUUUUAUCGGGGGUAAUUGAUCACUUCGUGGAGAAAAAAAGGAUAAAAGGCACAAAUAAAACCAAAAACGCAAACCUAUGGUCGAGUAAACAGUGGUAAAAAAUAUUUUUCAUGAUUUUAUUGUUAGGGUUAUUGUGUCUUUAAUUCGCAACAAACCUAACAAUAAAAAACGUGUAUAAUAUAUGAACAAAACUGGAGAAUUAAAUUUGUACUUUAUUAAUUUAUAAAUAAAAUUACAAGUGUUUUAUUUAUUGUCCAUUUGACUGUCUUUAUUUUGCGCUAUAUCUAAAUAACCACGCUGCAUCUCAUCACGUUCUUUUAACCCGUCCAUCCAUGCUUUUUUGAAAAAAACUGCCGAAUUGGUAAAAUCAAAAUCUUCAUCAUCAUACCACUCGUCGUCCGAAUUAUAUGACAACGUACCACUUUCCCCUUCAACAAUUCUCUUUGCCUCUUCCAUUUUGGCUUCUUCUAGAAGGAUUAAAUGUGUCAUAAACAAGAUAAGUUCAUUUAAUGGUGUUAAAAAAUUUUAACAUGCCCUGUAACAUAAAUCAAAAUUCCCUGACAGUUCUCCCUUUUAAUCACCUAGAUGAUUGUUCUUUUAAUAUUGCAUUCUAUGAAAUGGCUCAUGGUCCACUGCACUUUGAUGCGGACCGCCUCGAUACCUUAUUAUUCAAUCCAAUUGACGAAUCUCAUUUAGAUCACCUAACGCAGAAUCUAGAUCCGAAUUUUAAUUUUUCUGCGCUUUCUCCUACCAGCAGUUAUAUGGUUCAGGACGAGGUCAACGCAAUCCUUGAAUCAAAACAAGAAAAUGCUAGCUUUUCGCUCCUGCAUGUAAAUGCUCGUAGUUUGCUCAGUAGUUUUGAUGAUCUAAAAUCUCUUGCAGCAAAUACUCGCCAAUCUUUCACUGCAAUAGGUAUCUCUGAAACCUGGUUGAAUGAUACUACAUCAGACAGUUAAUCUCCCUGGAUAUAACUUUUUGUCCUGUCAUCGAACUGCAAGGUGCGGCGGUGGGGUGGGUUUGUACUUGCGGAAUGAUCUUGAAUACCGAAUAUGCUCGGAGUGUAACUUUUCAGAUCCAAAUAUGAUUGAGUCGUUGUUUGUUGAAAAAUUCGUACCAAAUAGCAAGAACAUUGUAGUUGGUGUAGUUUAUCGAUCACCAAACCAAAAUUUAUCUUUAUUUUUGGAUAAGUUUAAUGAAAUUCUUUCUACCAUUUCAAAAAACAACAAGCACUGUUACAUAAUGGGAGAUUAUAACAUAGAUAUGUACUGCUUAAACGUGCAUUCCGCAACUAAUGAAUUUGUCGAAAAUCUGUUUUUCCAAUAUGUACUUGCCUUCAAUAAGUAUGCCGACGCGCAUCACAGCACAUUCGGCAACGCUUAUUGACAAUAUUUUUACCAACCAUUUGACACAAAAUUUAUUCAGUGGAAUUAUUAUUAAUGACCUGUCAGAUCAUUUACCGGUCUUUGUUUAUGUCUUUACAGAAACUCCUCCCCCUCGCAAAAGCGCUGAAAAGACCAUAUUUAGGGACUUUAGCGAUAGCAAUAUUAGCAAAUUUCGUUCACAUCUUACUAAUGUCAAUUGGGAAAAUCUCCCCAAUCAAGACGCAGACAGUGCUUUCGAUGCUUUUCAGUAUGAAUUUUCUAGAUUAUAUGAUCUUAGCUUUCCUUCUAAAUCAGUCAGAGCAAAAAACUCGAACAAACCAUUAACACCUUGGAUGACAAGAGGGCUAUUAACCUGUGUUAGGAAAAAGAAUAAACUCUAUAAAAAGUUCGUUAUUUCACAAAGUCCUGUCAAAGAAAGACAAUACAAGAAAUACAAGAACAAGCUUACACAUUUGAUUAAGAUUGCUAAGAAAAAAUAUUAUGAGAAUAAAUUUGAAACUGCAAAAAACGAUCACAAAACAACUUGGAAGCUAAUAAACGAAGUGAUUAAUAAACGUAGAACAAAAACCUCACUGCCUUCCUCAUUUAUAUCAAAUAACACCCUUCUCUCUGAUCCUAAAGACAUUGCUAACAG